GCAUUGUUUGUUAUCAACACUGUCUUACAAUCUUAAGCCUUCAAAGAUCUAGUUAAACUGAUUUAGCUGUUCAUAUGACAGGCCUGCAGAGGUUAGAUCUCUUUGAAAAACUUGAACAGAAAAAUAAGGGUGAAGAGGAAAAAGAUGAAAAGGAAAAGAAAGAAGGCGAAGACAAGGACGAGGACGAAGAUGAUGAAGAAGCAGCCGGAGAAGCUGAUGAAGAAUUCAGUGAUGAUGGAGAUUAUAAUCAGAAUGUUGAUUUUGAUGACGAUGAAGAUGAUUUUAACAUGGACGAUGGGAACGAUGAUGAAGCAACAUACUAACUGCUAUGUGGUAAAUUUUUGCCUGCCCUGAUCCUCCAACCAUCUCUCUUGCUGCAAAUUCUGCAGAUAGAAUGAUGUGGCUUGUUUUGUCACAGCCACCUUGUAAAUUUACUGCAAGAAAUUUUGGUAAAAGCUUAAUGCUUUGAGUAGGAGGAUUUUUACAUUAUUCUUCAAAUUUACGGUCUAGCAAAUUGAAUCAUGGCCUUAGUUCAGAGCUUGCGUAUUAUCAGUAUGCGUAAAAUUCAUGCAGUUUAUUGCCUUUUUUUACGCUGAUGUCGAUAUAUAUAUAUAUAUAUAUAUAUAUAGCAACGAUGAACUUGUAAUAUUAAACGAUAGGUUUGUAAGUUUCAACGACUUAAUUUUUCGUUGAAUGUUGUCAUAUUGAAUAUCAUAUCAAAGUAGCAAUUGUUACAAGAGGUAAGUCCAUCAAUUUACGAUGCAAGGUUAU